GACAAGUUGUUGAUGCGAGAGAGCGGUGUUUCUCCCGAUGCCCCCCUCGAGCAGCCGAGCUGGCCGUGCGUCGCGGUACGGGAAAGUUUCGAGGCGAUUUCUAGCGUUUCUUUCGUCGCGUACGACCUCAACUCGGACCGGGGACAGAUCCGGCGGGCGUCUUCGACGCCCGCGAGCUUGACAAGUCGGCAAUGGCUUCAUCGGAUGAGCCGUUAUACUUGACAGUGGGGACGGACGUGAGUGCAAAGUACCGCGGUGCCUUUUGCGAGGCCAAGAUCAAGAAGGUCAACCGCAUGGUCAAAUGCCGGGUUACCUUUAAGAACAACCUCGGCACUCACGUCAUCCCCGAUGAACACAUCAAGGGAAACACAUUACGGGUCGGUGCCCAUGUGGAGGCCAAGCACCCAGACAGGAACCAGUACUUUGAGGCUGUCAUUGGAAAGCUGCUUGACUACAGUCAGUACACUGUCGUGUUCGACGAUGGAGACGAGACAACGCUGCGACGAACAUCGCUGUGCCUCAAGAGUGGCCGACACUUUGCAGAAAGCGAGACUUUGGAUCAAUUGCCCCUCACCAAUCCUGAGCACUUUGGCACACCGGUCAUGGGCUCGAAGCUCAAGCGGAAGCGUCGAUCCAUGCUGUCCAUCGCUACGAUUCGUAACCUUGUCUACAGGGAAGAAGACAGCAGCGACGAAGAGUCCGCCCCAACCCCGCCUCCGGCCCCGACACCUCCGCGCCGGGCCACACCCACGUCUGGAUCGAGGGGCAACUCCGCGGGAGGGAAUUCAAGGGCCACAACACCGUCGUCAUCGGAGUGGCGCAUCGGCCGUGUGGCCAUCUUGGAUACGGGCGACAAGCGCAAACGCGACUCGUGGGCACCCGUGCUCGUGGUUAACCCGACGGGCGCAACGGGUCAGGGCAUCAGCAACCCCGUGCCUCGGGACGACGUGGUUGUCCGUUCAUUCAGGGACGCUAAGUUUUCACAGGUAAACAGGCGAGAGCUGCGCGAGUUCUUGCGAGAGGAUGCCACUGCGCGGGCCGAGACCAACCCCCUGCGCCUUGCCGUUGAGCGGGCGCUCACAUUUCUCGACCGAGGCGAGCUCCCCACCGGUUGGCAAGGGAGUGCCCUGCUCCUUUCCAGCGGGCCUGCCAUCCCAGCAAGACCGCCUACUCCCAUGCGGCCCACCGCAGCGUCGGCGUCGCCUGCUUCCUCAGCCAACGACGCUGGCAGUGGUGGUGGCAACUCGGCUGCUGCAGCCGACGACGACGGCCACGACUCGCAAUCGGACGUGUCUGAUGAUGAGCCUAGUGAGGAGAAAGACCGGUUUGUGGCACAGCUGUACAAGUUCAUGGACGAACGAGGGACACCCAUCAACAAGGGCCCCUCCAUGGCUGGCCGCGACCUGAACCUGUACCGGCUGUUCCGGGUGGUGAGUAAGCUGGGCGGAUGCAAUCGCGUCACCAACCACAACCAGUGGAAGACGGUGUACGCCCGGCUCGGGCUGCCCUCGCCCGCCAACCAGACCAAUGCGCACCUGCUCCGGGGGGCCUACAAAAAAUAUCUGCAAAGCUUUGAAGACUUUUACCGCAAGCUGGGCUGCACGAUGGUGUCGAAUCCACGGUCAGGGAGGGUGCGUCACCGGUCGGACCGUAUCAUGACCCGCAACCAGGACCGGGGACUGGCUCUGUUUGCACGCAAGGAUAAAGAACAGAAGAAGAAGGAAGAGAAAGCCAAAGAAGAAGACAAAGACAAGGACAAGGACAAAGACGACGACAAGAAGGCCAAAGAGAAGUCAGCGACAGCGGCCGCAACUCCCCCUGUUGUGGUCAAAGAGGAGCCGCCUCCGGAGAAGCCGAGACCGUCGCGGACGUCCCGGGUCAAGCAGGAAGAAGAGAGCAGCAGCAGCGGUGGUGGCGCGGCUUCGGCCCCGUCUCCGGCUGCCAAGCCGACCCCCACUGCGGCUGCGGCAGCAGCGACAGCCGCUGUGAGCCAGGACGACACUAAGGUCCGAACAAGGGAAGAUGCCCGCCGUGAGAAGCAUGACAGUCCCGAGAAGCGGGAGGCCAAGUCGUCGUCUGUGCCUCCUCCUCCGCCGCCGCCGUCGCUGCGCAAGAGCGAGAGCGUCGAGAGCGCAGACACAGACUCCGCGAAGGAGCCGCCGGCAGUGGCUCCAGCUGCCGCAUCAACUCCGACACCGGCAGAGAAGUCGCGGACCUCCAAAUCGAAAGAUGCAGAGACAACCCCGACAACCACGCCGAAGCGACAGCCCAAAAAGAACAAGACGGAAGAACCGCCAGAGAAGGAAAAAGUCGAUGAAAAAACCAACGCUUCGGUGGCCGCAGCCGAGCCGGAAACCAAGCCGGAGCCGCUUCCUCGGCCGGAGAGUGGGGAGCCGACGCGCCGGUGCUCCCUGGACAUGAGCAUUGACGUGGGCGACCGGGUCAAGGUCAAGUACGGGCGUGGCCGGCAGCUCAAGAUCUACGAGGCGAAGGUGCUACGCAUCGAGGAGGAGUGCAGUGAGAAGAAGUUCUAUGUCCACUACACAGGCUGGAACAUGCGGUAUGACGAGUGGGUCAGGAAGAACCGUAUUGUAGAGAAUGUCACGGACAAGACGUCUAGAAGGAAACGUCUGCAGAAGGAAAAGCAGCAGGCAGAUGCUUCGCCACACCAGAAGACACAGUCCGGACCGAAUGGCAACCAGCAGUCCUCUGCUCAAAGCACAACCAACAACGCACCCAGCUCAUCGGAGUCUCCGACUUCCAGCAAGAAGGGAGUGCGCAGAGGUCGUCCGCCCAGUGUUUCGUCCAACCGUAGCAGGGCCCUGUCCGCGACUCCGCCCCCCGGCAAGCCCUCGCCAAACUCCAUGUCCACGCGUGCCUCGCGGUCAGAGCGGGCCCUGGCCUCCGACCAGCUGUCCGGCAGCGGCUCAGAACCGCGACGCCGGAGCCGGCGGAAGUCGGGAACGCACUCGCCGCCCUGUCCGGACGACGACGAGGAAGGCUCGGGCGACGAGGACGAUGACAUUUCUCUCAAGAGCCACAUCUCGAUCAAAAUCGAGCCCGGCGAGCCUUCGGAGGACUUGGAAAAGACAACGUCAGCCAUUACUACCGACUCUAGUGAAGAUGCUCCGUUGCCGCCGAGCCCCGAGCCAAAGCCGGACACCCUGGAUCAGGAGACUGUGGUGAAGGAGGAGCCUCGGGAGGAAGUGGAGGAGAAGAUGGAGUGCGACGACGAGGACACCGACAUAGACGAGAGUUCGACCACAAGUCUGGCCGCCUUCGUCGCGGCUGCUCGAGCUCAGAGCAAGGAGGAAGCAUCGCAAGAGAAUGUUGCCGAAGAAGCGGCUGACGAGGAGGAGAGUGAGGCUGACACCACGUUGCACAUCGAGGAGGAGGCCGCGAAGGUCACAGAUGUCGAGGAAGUCCUCAACACCACUAUCGCCGAAGAUGAAGACAGCCUACUGGAAGAAGGGAGCCUGGUCAUUUUUGAGGACGAGAAAGCGGAGGAUGCUGCAGAGGAUGAAGAGCAGCCUCCACCCACUGAGCCCGAAGUGGUCGCGGCUGCAGCCGUUUCUCUGAAACAAGAGGACGAUGACGUCGUCGCUGAAGAAACAAGAGAAGUUGCCGAGGAAGAGCCAAAGGAAGUUGAACAGCCUGAGGUCGUUCCCGCCGUGGAGAUGAGCAGGCCUCCCACCAUCACUGGCACGCGCGUCAUCACCAUCUUCCCACCAGCACCCGAGCCAGAGGUGCUGAAGCACAUUGAUUGGCUAAAACACGAAGAAGUGUCGAACAAGCAAGACAGCCAGGAAGAGAAAGAAGAGGAACAACAGGAGGAAGCUGAGGGCGAACCAGAGGCCGAAAUUCCUUCUUCCCCACCACCCAUCGACAACGAGGACAACCUCGAGGAGGAGGAAGAGCUCGCGGCGGAAAGCAUCAGCGACGUGCUUCUUCUACCCCCUUCGCUAGUUGCCAAGGAGGGUCCAGAGAGGGACGCCCUGCUCGCGCCCGAGCAUUCACUCCCCGCCUCGGAGUUUGACGUCUGCAAGGACGAGGAGGAGGAAGACGAGGAAGAGUUACCAAAGGAGGAAGAAGACGAGGACGACGACAAUGGCGAGCCAAGCAGCCCCAUGGGGAUUGCCGAAAGGGACCAGCUGGCGAGUGCCAUGGAGCGAAUUGAAUUUGUCAAAGAGGAAUCUGAAUCGGCGUCCACACAGGACUUCUACAAGGUGGCCCUCGCCCUCAGCGAUGACGGCAGCAACUCCAACGUGCUCCGCAUUGAAGAAGAAGGUGCAAAGAGCAUCGACGAACCCAUUGAAUUCCCUCCUGUCUGCGGUGAGACGGUCAUGUCAGCUGCGGAAGUAGAGGUGGGCGCCGUCGACGGCGGCGAGCCCACCACGAAACGGACGAUCAAGCGGAAGAAAUUCAAAGGCACCAAGACGAAAUUCGGAGCCGAGGCGAAGCUCAAGGGUCGCAAGAAGAUGAAAGGUCAGUUGCUGCCGGACGGCACGCCCGCCAAGGCACCGCGCUUGAAGAAGUGCAGGAAGGUCGGCGACGGAGAGCAGAGAGUGGUGAAGAAGCGGAAGAAAUUGAAGAAUGCGGAUGGUGGUGAUGACUUGACCGACCCAGGCAUGAAGAAGGCAAAGCGCAAGAUGCGGAAGGCCAACAAAGAUCAUCCAGAAGCUGGCAAAAAGGGUAAGCGGAAGAAGCUGACGAGCUGCGCAUCAUACGAAGAUUCCGAUGAGGCGGGAGACGUCGAGCGAACGUUUGCAGGCAAGAUAAAACGCGAGAAGCGCAAGGCCGCCGCCGCGCGCCCUUCUCCACCGUUCCACCACGACUAUCUGUCUACCCUGGCGGAGGUGUGCGGCCAGGAAGUGGAGAUGAAGGCGACGGCGGUGGCAGCGACGACGGAGUCGCAGGCUGAGUCGGCCGAUUCUCUCUUCUUGCUCUGUGAAGAGAAGGUUCCGGCGAGUCCCACGCGCGAGGGCGACGACGAGGUGUCGCAAGCCCAGCAUCACCACACUCACAGUCAUCACCACCACCACCAUCACCACCAUCACCAUGCGCAUCACCAGCACAUGCACCACCCGCAUUCCUCGCACCACCAACCUCAGCAGCAGCAGGCACAGCAACCACCGCAUCUGCAACAGCAGCACCCACCACAACAAGGCCCUUCCAAAAUGGACAUCUUCACUUCGGUCGCCGAAGCGGCACUGGCUGGACCGUCUGGUGCAGAUCCGUCAGCGGCCGUGCUGGACAACACGCCUCCAACAACUCCGGAGGACAGCGGCGCCGCCGAUAACGACUCACCUUCUUCGUCGCUCGCGGGCUCGCCGCGACGGGAAGGGGAUAACUUCCACGGAAUCGAUGGAGAGAGCACCAUGUCUGCGGACUCUGAUAACAGCCGGGGUUCUGCAGACGGAGCAGUGGGCUUCAAGGCGGGCGGCGAAGACGACUCAUCCUCAUCGCGGACAACGGACAGCGCCUCUUCGGCGGAGCGGCACAAAGGGCUGGCAGGCACGAAGCGGCCGGCGUUGCACGACGAAGAGCAGCUCCUCAGGCACGGGAAGAGGGCGAGGAAAGCAGCACGCAAGGCACUUCUUUCGGCUGUGCACGGGGACUCCAAAGGAAAGACUCAUCGUACUUCACGGAAUUCGCGAGACUCCUCAUUGCCAAUGUCAUCGACGUGCGACAGCGGCUCCUGUACGCCAACGUCCACGACUACCACUUGCACGGCGACCACGCCUGGCAGUACAAACAUGGGCAGCCUUCACCGGCCAUCCAAGUUCAACUUCGACCUGCCUCUGGAUGACAACAUGGAUGCCGAAAAGCGGAUAGCGGUUCUUCAGGACAGGUUGAGCGAGCUCCGCAAGGUCUACAUGCAGCUGAAAGCCGAAGUGGCCGUCAUAGAUCGGCGUCGCAAGCGCGCCAAGAAAAAGGAAUCAUGUGCGCCUGUGCUGCCGAGUAUCUCCAUGGUCACUGUCUCUCAACCGGCCUGCUCACCGCCGCCGCCAAGCUCGCCGCGGCCCAUCGAGUUGCCGUGCUCAUCGUAACAGCACGCCCCGGCAACUGUUGUCUCCCAUUGUUUCUUCGCACUUUCCUUCGUAUUCGUCGCACGCAACUUUCACCCAGUGAAAAAGACAAGACCUUGCAGUGCUCAUCGCGAAAUCUGUUGCCACCCUUGCCACGUGUGAGGGGCGACCGACCGUGCGCCGGCCUUCUUCGGUCAUCAGCCAUUGUCAACAAGCUCCUCUCCUCGCCCGUCAGCAUGCUCGCGCAUCUCAUGACAACGUCUGCGUAUCCUGUCGCAUUUGUAAGCCGUUUGUGUCGUCCCAACAUUUCGUUUUAAGUGCUCCACUGGAUGUGUUGUGAAGAAUUCUGGAAUCUGCGUCGCCUAGUAAUUGCUACGUCCAAAGGGCCUCGCCUGUGCUCUUGUUCACCGCAGAGUCGGUAACUUUGGAGAGGAACAAGGCUCCGAAAAUGUCGAUGUUCUGGAUUUUGGAGAUGAGGGUCGCUCACAGUCGAAAGCGAGCUACGUUAUCUGGCACGUUGUGAAGUGUAUUGUUUGAACUUUUGUUUUGAGAGGACGUACUGAUAAUUUUAUCAAAGCUCUUUCCUAUCUGCCAAAUGAGAACACCGUCAGAUCUCAACCACAACACCGAUGUGACGAAUUAUCACGCAUAACGGAAUAAUCUUGUCGCCAGUAUUAGCGUUUUCCAAAUAUAUGCUUGUAACAGUAGUCAGAUUUACGAAGACGUUUUUAUUCUAAUGAAACAAUGUUGGGCAGUGAGAUUUGGCUGUGUCAGAUUAAGGCUGUGCUCGUCUAUUUCAUAUGGUAUCAGAAUCAAGGGCUCCAUUUAGCCAUUCGUGCACGUAAAGCGUGACUUGUGAUCUGUAGGGCUCUACUGCUGUUCUCUCAUGGUUGUAAGCAAACCGUGAAAAAUGGUGCCACGCUUCCGUUUGAACCUCGGGGCAUGCACAUUCCAAGGGUACUGGUAAUUUCACAAAAGUAGGUGGCAAGAAAUUUAGCACGAGUCGAGCAAGAGAGACUCUGAAUUCUGCCAAGGAAGGUGUGAAUUGGGAGUCGUUUGGUGCCAAGAAUGAUCGGCAACACCAACAUCUCAAUAGUCUUUUACAUGACAGUGUCGAGAAGACCGUGUAAACCUGCCAUUUGUCGAUUUAUGUCUUGGCAUGUUUUGGCCCUGAGGUCUUGCCUAAUUCCACGCCCUCGCUUGGGAUGCAAAAGCAGAAAGUAAUGCUGCAAGUCAGUCCGGUACGUCGGCGUGAUGACUGCGCGUGUCAUGACCGAUGCGUCCAUGACUAUUGAGACGGGCACAAGACAUUGGAUUUUGCCAAAACUGCGCUGUGCCUGCUGUCGGCGUGAUUUAAAAGGUUUGCAGUUUUCUAGAAUGGCCACAAUUCGUGCUUACUCGCCGCGUUGUUGAGGCGUCAGGUGCUGAAGGACUGCCACGGUUACAUCACGUGUAACAUAGCGUUUCCAUUAUGUCACCUAGUACUCUGCUGAUGUGGUAAUCGUUUUAUUUUUAUGUGAAAUUAUCAGCUCCAUGAAGUGCCUGGUGUCAUUCUGAAAAUGACGCUCUGAAUAUAAUGUCUUUUUUGUUAUUUUCUGAAAUGAGCUUUAUGGCGCAAUGUUCUCCAUCACCGGACGACGUAGCUGGGCUCAGUGUCAGUAGCAUUCUCAAUGCCAGCAUUUGUACUUUGCAUUAUCUGUAUAAUACUAUAGUCGGAUACAGUUUAAGAGGGCAGGAGUGCUUAGACGAGCGAAGUGCAACUGCCGAUUUCCUUUGCACAUGUGCUAAUAGGCGGAGUCACCAGCAUCUGGCUCAUGAUGUCACUCAAAAGGGCACCCUCAUUGUGCAGGCUCAUAUGUUCAUCCACUUUCGCGGAAGAAAUGGCACUGCCUUCUUAAGAUGUAUCAGACUGUAGGGGUGCGCAAGUAGAGAAUUUUUGACAGUGUCGAAUGUGAAUAGCAUAUCGUCAGAAGCAAAUAGAAUCAACCAUGGAUUAAGAGCCCAUCAAAUAGGGCUGUAUUCAAUUUAUUAUUCGAAUGUUCUGAAUAUUUGUACACUUCUAAUCUAUACUGCGUUUUCGGUGUUAUUAUUUAUUUUCUGCUUUUCCUAAAAUUACGCUGAACUUGUAUUGACAUUGUAUUCAUGCAGAUAUCAUGCUUGUUUUGUUCCUUAGUGGAAAAGGCUUUAUUUUUUGAUGCACAAUAAUUUCGAUCAAAAGACAUCGCUGGCAGAUUACCAUGUUGUAGCCGUAGGUGUCGUUUUUUGUAUUCUGUUAAUGUGGUUUACGCGUCACAUGUCAAACUCGUGUUCAUGCGUUUAUUCCCACACUCGUAUGAACCCGCGUUUGUGACCACAUUCAGGCACAAUUGAUUGAUACGCUGUAAGUCUUCACCAACUAUAGGUCAUGGAACUGGAGGAAAAACAAGUAAUACGCUUUUUGUUGCCUGCAUAGAUGGUGAUGCAAAUCAUGAAGCAAAUGCUACUGUGCCGGUGUUGGUGAAAUUUUUUCAGAGACUCGCCAAAUCAUGGUCUUUAUUUUUUUGCACACUCGCACGAAACUUGUGGUUUGACGUUGUACAUUGUCAUAGAUAUUUUUCAUUUAAGAGAGCAUCUUCUCACUGUUGCAUCGUUGUUCAUAAUUGAGAUAAGGUAUCGCAAUGGUCCAGAGAUAACGCACAGACGUAUGCACAGUUCACACUUCACGUGACUGUUGUUGCAACGUCCUCAACUUUGUGACCAGUUAGAUGUGCCCCAUAAGUGGACUGUAAUGCAUGUUCAUGUUUUCAACCACUCAAGCCAGGCAACCUGCAAAGCUCUGAUGCAUUCUUACCCAAACGUAAUUUGACACAUUGUUUCUCAAGAAAGGACGCAUUUUACUGCCAUAUACUAAACUCGGGUCUCGGAAAAUGGUUAUCUCCCGCUGGCAUCAAGUGCUUCUUCAGCUUCCAGCUGAUUGCCAUGCAACCAUUUUUUUGCAGCUUUGAUGGCAUUUAGACGGUGCAGGUUAUGUCAUUUGCUGACACAUCCAGAUUAUGAUGGAAGUUCUUUCUCUCUCUCCUUGAAUUCUCAGUGUUUAGAGAGGUUUACUAUAAUCCAAAUGGAAGAAUUGUCAUUUUUUUUAUUGAAUCUAGAUGUGCUGUUUAGACAUUCAAAUUUAGCGGCUCAUCGCGACUCCAUUUCUCUGAGCCUAGGCACCCCACUUGUCUGUCAGCACAGGCAAAGGACUACUUUCAGUGAUUAGUAUCAUGCAGUGAAUUACCGUUGGUAAUCUUGAGUGCUUAAGCAAUGCUCAGUUGCACAGUAGGACUUCUAAUUUAAAUUAUUUGUGCAUAUUUGUGCCACAUUACUUGUGCUGUAUCGUACUGAGCAUGCGUUUCAGGGUGUUAAGCCGCCCGCCCUCUGCUGUGUAUUUUGUGCUCACCGAGCGCUUUUGUCCAAUGUUCCAAGGACGAAACCAUGCAACUUCAAUUCAUUAUCAUGCAUUCUGCAAAUUCCUUGCGUAUGCUGUCAUCGGGCUGUCGUGGCGUAUAAAUGAAACACUUGUUACGAUUGUGGCGAGAAUUUCCCAUUUAUAAACUUUGUUCAGACGUUCCAGUAUUGCUGCGCUUGAUUCAGGUUCGUUUGAUUGCCCCCAGAGGUCAGCUGCGGUGAAGGUAACAAGAGGUUAUGGUUCGUUGAAGAUCGACUCGCAACUCCGUAGCUUCCCAUACGUUGUAAGCUUCCAUUACGCCAUAAACUUGCGUUGCACUCGAAGCAUAGAACCAGGUAAGCCUCAUCUCUUGUCGUCAACUGGCUAGCGUCAAAUUUGGAGGUCUCUUUAUGUUGAGCAACAGGAAUAACAUGUUUGGUGUCUCCCAGAGGCUUUUCUUUUUUCUCCUAUGUGCCGUCUUGCAUCGAGCCAGUCGUGAGAGGUCGUCGGUUCCAUGGACAGUGAUGCCACAUGCGUUCCAAGACUCGGCUUGCGGAAGCGGUGUUUUUUUUUUCUUUCACUCCACAUCGCUAAUAACUUCACUAUGCCAAUGCUUGCCCCCAAAUCCUGCGGUAGCGGGACCAAGAGAAUCAGGCCUUUACUUGUGUCUUAGUUCAAGGAUUAAGUCCUGCUGGGCCACAAGGACUCUAUAGCAUGAGAAAAGGCAAUAAUCGGAUAGAGUCGGUGAUGAUCCAAGGGUGCAGACAAAGGGCUACAAGUUUUUAACAGACCAUUUUUUUUUAUUUAUGACCUUUUUUACGAGUCUUUUAAACACCAUGUCGCACUGUAGCGACUUCUCUGUAGCUGUACAUAUAUCCUGGCUCAUUGUUAUAUGGACAGUUGCUGAGGUUCCUUUUUUUUGCUUCUGUUGUUUGUUUAGAAACUGUAAUUGCAAUUCUGUGAAGACACUUGUGUCUGUCAUAGCUGUAACCAUUUCCUUGUGUCCUCCUUGUUACACGUAUGACGUCAUGUUAAGUUAUUUGUUCACUUGAAAUUCUCUCGUUUGAGGAGGCGUGUUAGCCAUUCAGUUUGUCGUUGCCAACGUCGACACUAUCGCUUUGGUCAAUCCUGCGAAUGCCAAGGAUCUUGAAACUCAGUCAAGCCCUCUGACAUCUUCGCAGCUUGCAUCUAAACAUCCGAAGGUGUCAGGUGCAUUGUGUUUUCGUUAAGAGGUCGCGCUUUCGUCUGUGUGUGUGCAUUUCCUCGCUCGCGUAGCAAGGAGCGUCGGUUCUCCCGAACAUUGUCUCGCAGUUAUUGGAGAAGCGAGCGGUUUUAAGCGCAUUUCAACGUCUGACGCUGUGUUUCUUGUGCUGGGAUCCGCAAACACCCAGUUUUUCGCUGGUCCAAAAUUCUCGGUGAUGCCGUGCCAGAUAGCUCAGAAACGUCGGGGCGUGGAGGAGAGAGACAUAUAUUUAUGACUAUAUAGCGUGUCUCAUUUGUUAACUUCAUUUCUUUGUUGCUGUUUCUCUUUUUUGUUCCUGUACAUAACGUUGAUGUAAAAAAAAAAGACUGCCGGUGCAAUGUGAUUGGGAAUUCGACAGAGGACAGUGGUGACAAAGGACAGCGGUGGUUCGUGUUAUCCUAAUGCGGUGUGCGUGCAAGAGACUCUGACGUAUCGAGUUUGACGCUGCUUGCAAAACGCUCACGUCGUGGUCGACGCGAGAAAGACGCUACGUGACAAACUUGCGACAACCGCAUUGUCUUCUUUUUCACUGUAGAAACAUGUGUAUUGACACCACCAUCGCAUUAGUACAGGCAACAUUGCCAUUUUUAUUUGUUUUUUUGUGCAUUGUGGCAAAAAAAGUCCACGCCUGUACAGUUUCCCCAUAUAUAUGAUGGCACUUUUGCAUGAGUUUUUAGAUGUAAUUAUUAGUGUAGCCACGCCGUGUGUGUUUGUCGGCCCAUAAGUGAAUUAUAUCCAUCUGCAUAACCAGUAAAAUAAAUGUUUAUCUUA